AUGGGUUCGCAGCUUGUUUCUCAGAUGAUCCUCGCGAUCUUGCUGUUUUGGUCUGUCGUUGCGACUGGCACCGCGACAUUCACCAACACAUCCACCAACACCACUAAAGAACUGCAGCCUCGCCAAUGCGUGCGAAACCCAGUGAGCGGAACCUACGACUGCGAUUUCCUCCUCCCCACACUCGAUCAGCUCGUCGCCCGCUUCCGUGACAUCAACGACGGCGGAAGAGCCACACCACAAAACAGAGUCUGGUUUUACACCAACCUCGACAUCCUGACCAGCGGGGUGGAUCCAGACGUUAUCUUGGGGUGGUGCCGGGGAUGGAUGAUCGCACAAGGCAUUCCGUCUUACUAUGUCGGGGACGGGAUGAAUCGUCAAUGGCAGAUGGAACAGGAACGCUUCAUCGAAGACCAUCCUAUCGAAUUUGCCCUCAACAACCAGCCCUGGGACAGGAGCCGAUCGGCCGUGGACAAUUUCAACAACUGCUACUUUCAGGCGGCGGCGGCUGCAGCGCUGGCAUCGGAUGCAUACCUGUUCACCAAGUCGGGUGGGAAGUGGUCGCUCGGAAGCAUAUGGUCCUUGAUUGAGAUGCCGGCGCUGACACGCAACCCUAACAUCAAGAGGAUAUGGCGUGUGGACCCAAGACCGUUCUCUCCAAAUUGCGGCCAGAGGGAAUUGCUGUGGGAUGCAACCCACGGGGACAAGCCGGUGCCUUGGCCUUGGACUUGGACUUGCCGCGUGUGA